GUCGAGCAGCCACUUCCGCUUCCGGUCCAUCGCCUUCGGUUGCUUCCCGUCUGUUCGGUGGCUCCCCUCCCCCGCCCGGCUCUCCGCGCCCUUCCCGGGCGGCGGGGCGGCGGGGCCGUCGGUGUGCGGUCUUCCGUGUGUCCGCGCGUGCGUCCAAGCGCGGCUCCGCAUCCACCGCCCGCGGCCCGGCGCGCGCCCAGCGACACCGAGGCCGAGCGGGGGCUGGCUGGGGGGCUGCCCGCCAUGACCCCCCGGAGCGCGGCUUGAGGGGGCCCAGAUGUGGUGACCUGCCGUCACUGUCGUGGCCUCCCCCCCCAGCUGCCCCGUCGCUGCUCGCCCGGGGGCCGCCCCCUUCCGCGCCGCCCGCCACCAUGUCGACCUCGUCGCUGCGGCGCCAGAUGAAAAACAUCGUCCACAACUACUCGGAGGCUGAGAUCAAGGUGCGCGAGGCCACGAGCAACGACCCCUGGGGCCCGUCCAGCUCCCUCAUGUCCGAGAUCGCCGACCUCACCUACAACGUGGUGGCCUUCUCGGAGAUAAUGAGCAUGAUCUGGAAGCGGCUCAACGACCACGGCAAGAACUGGCGGCACGUGUACAAGGCCAUGACGCUGAUGGAGUACCUCAUCAAGACGGGCUCGGAGCGCGUGUCCCAGCAGUGCAAGGAGAACAUGUACGCCGUGCAGACGCUCAAGGACUUUCAGUACGUGGACCGCGAUGGCAAGGACCAGGGCGUGAAUGUGCGGGAGAAGGCCAAGCAGCUGGUGGCCCUGCUGCGGGACGAGGACCGGCUGCGGGAGGAGCGUGCCCACGCGCUCAAGACCAAGGAGAAGCUGGCGCAAACCGCCACGGCCUCUUCCGCAGCCGUGGGCUCCGGGCCCCCACCCGAGGCAGAGCAGGCCUGGCCGCAGAGCAGCGGGGAGGAGGAGCUGCAGCUCCAGCUGGCCCUGGCCAUGAGCAAGGAGGAGGCUGACCAGCCCCCGUCCUGCGGCCCCGAGGAUGACGUCCAGCUCCAGCUGGCCCUUAGUUUGAGCCGUGAGGAGCACGAUAAGGAGGAGCGGAUCCGCCGCGGGGAUGACCUGAGGCUGCAGAUGGCCAUCGAGGAGAGCAGGAGGGAGACGGCGGGCCAGGAGGAGUCAUCCCUCAUGGAUCUUGCUGACGUCUUCACGGCCCCAGCUCCUCCUCCGGCCACAGACCCCUGGGGGGGGCCAGUGCCCACGGCCACAGCCAUCCCCACAGCUGCCCCUGUCUCGGACCCUUGGGGGGGACCCCCUGUCCCUCCGGCUGCUGAUCCCUGGGGUGGCCCGGCCACUACACCAGCCUCUGGGGACCCCUGGAGGCCUGCUGCCCCUGCGGGGCCCCCGGUGGAUCCUUGGGGUGGGACCCAGGCCCCUGCGGCUGGAGAGGGGCCCACCCCUGACCCGUGGGGGAGCUCAGAGGGUGGGGCUCCGGUCGGCGGACCCCCGGCCUCCGAUCCCUGGGCCCCGGCCCCGGCCUUCUCAGACCCCUGGGGGGGGUCACCUGCCAAGCCCAGCACCAAUGGCACCACAGUGGUCGGGGGCUUUGACGCAGAGCCGGACGAGUUCUCCGACUUCGACCGACUGCGCACGGCCCUGCCGACCUCUGGGAGCAGCACGGGGGAGCUGGAGAUGCUUGCUGGAGAGGUACCUGCUCGCAGUCCUGGCGCCUUCGACAUGAGCGGGGUUGGGGGCUCUCUGGCGGAGGCCGUGGGGAGCCCGCCGCCCACAGCCACCCCAACCCCCACGCCGCCCACACGGAAGACACCAGAGUCAUUUCUGGGGCCCAAUGCAGCCCUGGUCGACCUGGACUCGCUGGUCAGCCGGCCGGGCCCUACACCGCCGGGCGCCAAGGCCUCCAACCCCUUCCUGCCGAGCGGAGCCCCAGCCACCGGCCCCUCCAUCACCAACCCCUUCCAGCCCGCGCCCCCCGCCACGCUCACCCUGAACCAGCUCCGGCUCAGCCCGGUUCCCCCGGUCCCUGGAGCACCGCCAACGUACAUCUCUCCCCUCGGCGGGGGCCCUGGCCUGCCACCCAUGAUGCCCCCGGGCCCCCCGGCCCCCAACACUAACCCCUUCCUCCUAUAAUCCAGGAGGGAGACCAGUGUUGUGAGUGCAUGUGAAGGGGGACCCCUGCCCCCACCCUAGCACCCCUCCCCCCGGGGCCCGCUCACACUACACCCUCUUCCCGCGUCCCCCGCCCCCCAUCCCUGGAGAGAAACUGGACGUGGGGGAUGGGGAGGGUGCUGGCCGGAGGAGGACCCUUCGCAUGGCAUUAGAAGGGAGAGGGACAGCUGGGGGUCCCCCCACCCACGCCCCUCCCUCCACCUCCUGGCUGGCCCCUCAAUCAGUGUUUGAGCCUCCUUGUCCCCUUACGCACCCCUUGGUGAAUCCUUGGUGAUGAUUUUGGCAACUUCGGGAAUAAAUGGCAAUUGUCAUGGGCAUGGA